UACACCUGUUGGCUGCGGACCAUUUGUUUGAGGGGAUUUUCAUCUCUCUCGGAAUUGCGAUUCGGCGUUUGCCUUUAGCUUCAAUUUUGUCUCCGAGGCUUCUGAUUUGACCGAUCGCAGUUUCUGAGUGUGAAAAAUUAGGGUUUCGAGUCUUGUGGCGGUUUCCCCCUUUUGUUUCAGGAUUGUAUUAAAAGAAUUUGCAAUGGAAAACCCUAACGAACAAGGAUCUGUUGAUGAUCGCAAGAUCUAUGUGUCCGAUGCAGUGGAGGAAUACGGCGGUGAGGAUCUUGAGAAUUCACCGUCCGUUGAAUCCGCUGUUAUUGGAUCUGGUGGGAGUUCUAGCGUUUCUCCGGCGAACGGUGGUUCUGAUGGUGAGAUUGGUCUCACGGAGCGAUUAACCGAUAUUCUGGUAGAAGACGGGGAUGGAGAUCUGUUGCUUCAGCGUAGCAAUCGAGAAACUAGGGUUUUGCAGUGGUUGCAGGCUCUGGAUUUGCAAGUCAUGGGGGCGUGUCGUGCUGAUGAGAGACUGAAGCCUUUGUUGAAACUGAAUGUCUCUAAUGGUGUUGCUGAAGAUCGCCUUUUAGAUCAUCUAAUUCAGCACUUCGAUGCGGCAGAAGUUGGUAAACUAGCAAGGUGCUUGUGUAUUCCUCUGGUUUCAAUUCGCGUUGGAAAGAUCAUUAAGCAAGGGACCCUCCUGUGCCCAACUGCUACAAGGGGGAACCUAAGUCUCACACUUCUGCCGACAUCUGAAAUGCGCAUUGCAUUCAUUGGGGAUGAUGGUUACACAGAGAGGCUGUCUACCUUAAGUAGUAUUUCCCAGUGCUCUGCUGUUGCAAUUGAAGAAAUACCUGCAGACAAUUCUGGAAGAUCUUUCCUCAUAAAGAUCCCAGAUUGUGAAGUUCUCUAUUUUUGGUGCUCUGAAAAGUCAAAGCUCCUGGGCAUAGAAUUGCUUGCAAAGAUGAAGGAUUUACUCAAGAGGAAGCCAUCUUUAGCUGAAUUAACUGGAAUCAGUGAGUCGCGUCUUGACUGCUUUGCAACCCACCUCCGUGCCUACCUUGUUGGGUCAUCCAUGGGCAAUGCUCGAGCAAGGCCAUCCAAUUCACCAUCCUCUUCAAUGGAUACCAUAGCUGAUCCUUCUGAACUAGGUCAAAAUGCUCAAUUUUUGCCCUCGUUGUCAAAGCCUUCACGGUCUCGACACAACAGCAGUCAAGCAGUUAAACCAAAUUCACUCUAUCAAUGUAGCCUGAGUCCAAGGCCAAGUUCCUUUAAAGAGGGCCUGCCUAGGAACUUAUCAUCCUUGAGAAAUGCUGCCAGAGAGAAGUUUAAACGGCGUAGUGAAAGCCAUUUUUCAGCUGUUGACAAUCUGCCUAUUGCCUCAUGUAUCACUAUGGAUGCACCAAGUUCAAAUUCUACUGAAAAGGACAAGCUUCCGGAAGUUGUUGGAACAUACCCAUUCUCUGAGUCAGAUUUUCUGGAAUCACUGGGUAAAUCUGCUGCUGCACCCUUAAUAAGCCCAUCAUCUCAAAUCCCUUCAUCUCUCUUGGCACCCUAUUAUUGUUGGUGUCCCCCACGGGCAUCUUCUUUGCAAUACACAGUAGCCCCUUCACAGCUGCCUAUCAUACCUGCUGAAUCUUUAUCUUUACCCCCACUUUCUUCUUUGUUACCAGCCAGUAGGUCAUCCAAUUUGUUGACACCAACUCCAUCUCUCAAUGUCUCAGGCGUUCCCUCAGUAGACUUCCCAGCUUUCUUGCCUGACCCAUUGGUUCGAUUGCCUUUCUCUAUGGCAAGUUCUCAACAGAUUGCAACUUUCACUCCUUUAAUGUGUGAUCCUAUCGUCCACAUUCCUGUUAUAGAUGUGUGCUCCUCAGGUCAAGGGUACCUGGUUAGUGCGGGUCCCACCAUAUCAACCACCAUUCCUCCCUUGCACCCAAAACUUGUGAACCCAUUGAUCCCAGAAACUGAGUCUGCAGUAGAAAAAGGUGCAAGAGAGACUUUGCGGCUGCUCAUCAAUAGUUCAAGCCAGAAUAAUCCACAGUUGAUGGAUGUAUUGCCAGCUGUUCUGACAAAUGCUGAUGAGAAACACAGUCUACUGGUUGUGGGAAGCCGAGGUCUCUACAAUGGAACUAGAGAUGUUGAUGCUAUUGCAAACAGCAUUGUAGGCAUGAGCUUGGUUUCACUAUCUGGGAGAUCUAUUGGAUCUAGUGUCAUGAGGAGUGGAGAUUUGGGUUCUCAGGCGGAGCAUGCUGUUGGGUCCUUUGAAUCUUGUUUGGAUGACCAGGAAGGUUCCUAUUUUCCAGAGUUGAGGGAAGAAAAAGAGUGACGGAGGGAGGAGAGAAAUCCAUUAUGUUUAGAAGACAUUACCAUAUCCUUUGUUAUUUCAUGUGGGUGUGUGUUACUUUUGUAAAUCUCUUCUUUGGGCCCUGAAAAUGUAGAUAUGUGUGGGUAGGCUUUACCCUUACUAGAGAUUGUAAUUGAUGUACAUCAAGCCAUUUGUGUGGUGGUGUUGUCAAUGCAUAUUAUUCUGGUGUUGAUUAGAAAGCUAAAGAAUUUUGGGUUAC